CUUUCUUCCGCUCAGUAGACAUAUUGACUUCUGCGAGUCACGCUAAAACAGAGGCUUUGUAGCGUCCGUUUCCUUAGUGCCCUCUCCAUAUUUUCAGACAAGAGCGUCCUCAGUGCCGUCUCGAUCUUGUCAGCUCACGUCGCACCAAGAUGGAUUGGCAAGGGCAAAAGCUAGCGGAGCAGCUGAUGCAGAUAAUGCUCGUGGCAUUUGCUGUGGUGGCAUUUGCGACUGGUUACGCCAUUGGGUCUUUUCAGAUGAUGAUCUUGAUAUAUGCAGGUGGUGUCGUUUUGACCACGUUGGUCACAGUCCCAAACUGGCCCUUCUUCAAUCGCCAUCCGCUCAAGUGGUUGGACUCGAUUGAAGCCGAGAAGCAUCCUAAACCGCAGCCCCAACAGCCCUCCUCAGUUUCAAAGAAGAAAUCUUCUAAGAAGUAGGCUUGUUCUAGUAGUUUCCUCAAAGUCUACAGCCUAGCGAUUUGUUCUUUUGAGCGUUGGAUGAAUGGAUUUUCAGAUGACAGAUGGCUGAGAUUGUCGAGAAUUUAGACUAUCUGGAAUAGAAAAUUUUUGGACUCAA